CCUCGGCCUCUUCAUCAACCCGCUCAUCAACGUGCUCUUUGGCGUUGUCAUCUUCAAGGAGACGCUCAGCAAGUGGCAGUGGGCCUCGAUCGGGCUCGCGUUUAGCGGCGUUGUGGUCGUGGCCGUUGCGUACGGCAAGUUUCCGUGGGUCGCGCUCACGCUCGCGGUUUCCUUCUCGAUCUAUGGUGUCGUCAAAAAGCAAGCGCCGCUCAACGCUCUCCACGGCAUGACGCUCAGGGCAACGGUGCCUUCUUGCACGUCAGCACGACCGCCAACGUUUUGA